AUAGAACUUUUUUUAUGCCACUAAGUGAACAUCCCUAGAUAUUAGCGCAUGGCCACGCAUGACCUUGUAGACGCCAUUGCUCGUAGCUUUUAAGUUGGUAAUACAAGUACUCUGGUGACGCACAAUAACGGGUGUCUGAAAUUCUGUAUAGCUCAAUUUACCAAUUUACUUCUGACUACGCGGCGUGUAUAUCGUUGCGUUGAAUCGUUUCGCGAUGGGCGACUCUGACGACGAGUACGAUAGAAAGAGAAGAGACAAAUUUAGGGGAGAGAGGACAGAGUCUUAUUCCAGAGAAGGCCGUCGAGAUGACAGACGAAGGGACGAUUGGGUCGACAGAGAGUGGUCCAAUAGACCCAGACAGCGUCCGGAUUACAGGGAGUACCGUGGUGGUGGUGGUGGAGGACGUGACAGGUAUAGCCCUGCCAGGUCCCAAGAGAUGGCCCCUCCCAUGAAAAGAAUGAGAGCAGACUGGGAAGAUCGACCUAGAUACGGGCACGAUUACUACAGCGGGGGUGGCGGCGGUGGUGCAACUUCCUGGGGUCCCGAUCAUUACCCGCCACCUCAUCAUGGAAAUCAUCACUAUGGAAACCACGGCAACAGUAGCAGCCGAGAGGUAGCCGGUAAUUUCAGCAAUUCCAAUGUCGAAACGCAACCGCCGAUGAUGUCUUUCAAAGCGUUUCUGGGAACGCAAGAAGAUUCGAUCACGGACGAAGAAGCUAUUAAACUUUAUAACGAGUAUAAGUUGGAAUUCAGGAGGCAACAGUUGAACGAAUUCUUCGUUGCGCACAAGGACGAGGAAUGGUAUAUUUCGUUUUUUUUUUUUUAGUAUUCAGAUAUAUCGCGAAGCUCAGUCGUACUUGAAUGUGGAUAAGAAAAUAAUUAAUUUCUACAGUGGUCGAUCGAAAAGUUAUUUCACUUCAAACAUCAUUAGAUUUCGACGUAAUGAAUCGUCUUUGACGCGUCACAUUACCGCGAUCAUUCUAUGAAAGGAGAGCCCACUGUAGGAAAUAAUCUUUUGAUUCUAAAGAAGGCAUCGAACCAUCUGCUCGAGUAUGUAUGCGCACGAUACGAGCGCAUAUAUACGUCGAACAAUGGGAGACUGUGAAAGGAUGUAGUAGCUUUAUAAUUUUUGCUAAAUUACAGACACAAUUUAAUCGGUAAUCGCAAGCAAU